AACGGAUCUUGUCAAAUUUUGUCUGAUGAUGGUUUGAUUUUACGCAUUGGUAAAUUGGUAAUAUAGAUGGUUUUGGCUUAAACAAGGCCUGCUCGUGUUUUGGAUAAAAGUAAAUUACAAAUAUUAAUGUCAUAACAGUUUACUGUUGAAUUUCGUAUUUGUGUUAAGUGGAUACUUAUAAUUACUAAAAAUGGAACCAAUGACUCUAGGAAGUCCAACACAUUCUCCUUCUGGAAGUCCAAAUGUGGGGUAUUUACCGCCAUUUUUAUUAGGAGAAAUAAACCCUCCACCUUUGUCAAGCUUAUCUCCCCGACCAAAUAGCUUAUCCCCUACCAAAGGUCGUAGUCUAGCUUUUGGUUCACCUACAAGCCCGACUCAAACCUCAACACCAGAUCAGAAAAUGUACCGGCAGAACAUGUCAAUACAUCAGCAGGCUCUAUACAACCAGCAACAAAAUUUAUUUGCCAACAUACCAACGUCACCUAAUAUUUCAUAUUCUAACAAAGCAAAUGGACCACCCAUAGAAGAUUUAUUUGAUACAAUUAAGAGCAAUGAACCUUCGGUUAACAAAUCACUGUUUCAAGAAAAUAGUUUUAUAGGGUAUGGCAAUAAUAACUCAAUGAUGCAGAAUUCAUAUGCUAAUAAUAUAUCAGUGAAUAACCAGUCUUUGACUAACCAGUGGCAAGAUGGCUACCAGGAGCAGGAAGAAUACUGGAUCACUGUGUUUGGUUUUCCUCCUAAUGCAGCCAAUACUGUUUUAGCAAGAUUUAGUAAUUGUGGUGCUAUACUGGAUAAACAAUAUCCCACACAAGGCAAUUGGGCUCAUGUAAGAUAUGCUACUAGAGCUGAAAAGGAGAGGGCCAUGGCCCUCAAUGGAAGACAAGUGCUGCCUGGUGUCAUGGUGGGUGUAGUAGAGUGUAGAGAACCCCCACGAAUAAAUGUUGCCAGCCCGGGACCUUAUACCGAAAGACAAAAUACAGCAAGAUCACUUUGUCCUACACCAAUCCCAUCAGCACCAGUACCUCAGAGGUCUACAGGUCUUAUUUCAAAAGCACUAGAUUAUGUACUUGGCUGGUGACAAACACUACAUUUCAGACCGCUGAAUCAUUUAUUAUAUACCUGGAAAUGGAAUAAAUUGUAAUUGAUGUACUAAUGACUGAAUCCAAAUGUAUAUAAAACAACUAGCAUGUUUUAUUUUAUUAGGGCAAUUGAAGACAAAUAAAAUACCAUGUAAUUACUU